AUGUCAGAAGGUGCUCCACCAUCAAAGCGACAAUGCAGCGUAUUGUUGAGGAGAGAAACCGAAGAGACAUCUCCAAGAAAAAAUAUUCUGGAAUUCGUCGGAUCCGACACGAACCUCCAUGAUGUUGUCCUUCUGGUACAAAACCGCAAGUUUUAUGUGAAUAAGAAGCAACUUGCCGUCCACUCGAAAUUCUUUCAUCGCAUGUUUUUCGGUGGAUUUGAAGAAACCGAGAAAGAUGAGAUCGAGAUUAAAGAUCUCGACGCAUCGCAGUUCCACAACUUCUUGGAGGCGGUUUAUGGAGUACUGUAUGUUGAUGACUCCAUCGUCGAAGGUCUCAUCGAGCUCGCUGAUCGGCUCGACUGCGAGCACAUUCUCAAAAAGUGUAAGGAUCACCUUAUGGAAAUGAAAAAUGGGCCUUCCAACAAGUUGUUGAGAAUGGCAAUCCGGUACGACAUGAAGCCAUUGAAGACUAAGAUUCUCUCAAGCAUCAAAACCAAACGAGACUUGAGAGAUCUGAUUCGCCCAACUACGGACGGUUUCGAUCACGAAACCAUGAAUUUCCUUCUUGAGAAGUCGUUGGGAAUGGAACAAGGCCCUCUUUUCUUCGAAGAUGGUUUUCCUGGAUCAUCUACUAAUGAAAGUGCUCGUACUGUGUCUCGUUGGCUCGCCAUGCGCGAUACAGACUAA